AAGUUGGUUGCCAUAGAAACUUGUUGAUUUGCAUUGUUAAUUAAUGACAUUGGUUGUAAUUUGUUUCCAGGAUUUCGGUGAAAGGACUCUUUCUGUGACAUGAAGUAUCCGGUGAUGGUUUUCUUCGGGUUGACAGGUUGAGCGAUGUGACGCUGCUCCGUGACAGUUCAGGAGGGUUGCGAAGAAGAACAGGAGUGAAGAGAACUAUCGUAGUUGUUGUUGUUGAUGGUAUUGGUGGAGGAGGAGGAGGAGUUGGAAGAAGAAAGAGAAGAAGUAGACGAAGAAGAAUAAGAAGGUAUCGGCGGCGCCUUUCCUGGAAACGUAGGAAACGUGUUUUCGGUUCGCGCUAAGAGCGAACAUCGCUCGCUCACGGACGGACGACGCGGACCGACGGACUUUUCAGGGAAUCUUCGUUUCGAAGAAGGGACUAUAUUUAAGUCGACACGCGAUCCACUUUUAAUAAACGAUCUAAAUUAUUGAACGAGGAGAAAGAGAGAAAGGAUGGAGUCCAAGAGCAAGGCGAAAAGGAAGAAGAAGCCGGCGACGCCGAAGUCCCCGAAAAUCGCGAAGAUAACGAACGAAGCGAACGUCGUUCCCGAAUCUGACGAGGAAAUCGAGGAAGAAGAUGUCGAAAGUUUGGCAAUGCUGAAGAGCAAUCUGUACGAGGCGAAGAACAUUUUCGUGACCGCUGUUGAUGAGGUGGCUCUGGAAGGAUUGGAUGGCAUCACCAUAGAAGGUCUUUGGAAACGCAUCGCCAUAGCCUUGAACUACAGCACUUGUCUGUCGUCGAAACUGGAGAACGUGAUUUGGAAUUAUCUGAUGUCCGUGGAUGACAUCUCCUGCUUCGAGUUGCCGACACCGAGACCGAAGCUGGUGAUCAACAACAGAUACAAAGCGGAGGAUCCGUCCUGCCUUCAACACAAUACGGUGGAUAUUUACCCUUUCGUGUCGAUUCACGAUAAAGUCAACGGCAUCAUCGGCUCAUGCUCCACGUACUUCGAUCGCGUCAACAUCACCGACGUAGUGAAGAGACUGUCCUUGGCCGAAUCCUCCAAUACUUACGGCAAUAAACUGGUCCUCGUGGCGUCCACGGAUUUUCGCGCGGACGCUUUGCGCUUCGAUCUGAGCCCCCCGAUUCUCGAUCUGUCCGAUAUACAGUAUCAGCUCAUGGAGAGGAUCGGAAGGUCGAGGAAAGAGGGCGAACUUACUUACGGUGAAAACUCUUUGGUGCGUAUGGGCAUCAAGGAUGCGAAGACUCUGUUCUACUUCAGGAAGCUGCUGCACAAGCACAACCUCAUCCUCAAGCAGUACUGCUACACCAAGCAGAAGGAAGGCGGCGCGAUCAAAGGUUGCAUCCUGCAUCUGCCGCGUUUUUACAACGAGAUCAAGAACAAAAGGCACAUCAUCAUGGAGCAGAUCGUUCGUUUGCUCAAAUCCAAACCGGACAACCGGAUGGAAAUUGAUGAGCUGAAGAAGCGGCUGGGGAAGUACUGGUUCGAGAUGAACAUUAGGUCGCUGACAAAAAUGAAUGAGUUCAAGACGAUAGUGAACAGGAGAAGCAUCAAGUACAGGGAGAUGUACCCGGACGCGCAGCCGAGCGAAUGGAAGAAAUUGGCCACCCCCGAGGAGAGAACGAUCCGAGUCUUCGAGCUGGCAAACAGCAAUGUCAAUCUGAAGAGUCUCUGGAAGGAGGACGAUUCGAGCGAAGACACUUCCGAUGACGAGGAGGUCGGGUCGUACUGCUACAACGUCUCCCUGCUGCACGACGUAUACGAAUGCAUCCGCAAGACCGGCAGAUCCGGCGUCAGCACGGCCGAACUUCAACGUCGAAAAUGCAUUGACUUUUAUACACUGCGCGGCCUCUUGGGAACCCUCGUCAAGAAGAAGCUUUUGACUUUGGAGAAAAUGGACGCAGGCAGAAUCAGAUACACCCUAUAUGUGGCUUCGUGUUUCGCCGAUGAAGAGGUUUACAAGAAAUUCUUGGAGGAAGAGAAAAACCAGGACGCUAAACACGACAACGAGGAGGACAGCGAUGACGAAGCUUGCGAUUUCGUUGCCGGCGUUUUAGGCGUCGAAUCCAAACACGUCAAGAAGAAACCGAGGUUGGAGAUGAUCGAAAUCGUGGAGGAAAAUCAAUUCAAAGGGAAAUACGAACAGCUGCGUGAGCUGCGACGAAAGAAAAACAAGAAACCCGACGACGCGAAUUCCGAUGAACGUCAGCAAAUCAUCGAGCUGUUCACCAACAAGGAGGACUUUAUCAGACCGGAAGCCAGCAGGAAUUUGGGUAUUUUGAAGCCGAAUCCCAUCAGUGUGGAUUUAAGUGAAGAUUUCAAGCAAGUGAUGUGCGGUUUAUUUGCGCCAAAGAACGCCAGUGUUGUCAGUGACACCUUGUACGGUGACAAAGUGAAAGCGGACGAGUCCAGGAUUGACGUAAAAUUGGUGGAAGAACUGAAGAAGAGGCGAAGCGCCACGAAAAGUAAUUUCAAGAUGGGCAAAAAACAUUUCCAGAUGUUUUUAAACGUGUUCCCGAAAUUAUCCGUAAGCUAUCAACUGUAUAUCAACAGAAAUAAAGCGAUCAUUGAGUCGUUGAAGGCGGACGUGGAAGCGAAGAAAGAGUUGCCGAAUUCCUUCGUGUCUUCGGAUGAGGAAGAUAUCGAAGAGGAGGAUGCUAACAGCUUGGAUGGGAAUCAAGAAGACGGUGAUGUGAUUAAAAAUGUGCGCGCGCGUGAUGAGGAUUAUCAGAAGGAAAUUAUCGAGAGUUUCGAAAAUGUGGAUAGCAUCAAGUUCGAGGAUGAGUGUAAAAUCGAGAACGAGAACGAUGUUGCAGCAAUGGAGCUCGAAGAGAAGGUGGAGAAUGAGAAGGAGAAGGAGAAGCUCAGCAUGUACGGGGUGAAGUACGAGAAGUUCUUCGGGCCGAAACCCGAAGUGAGAGUCAUCGAGAACGAUAAGGAUGACAUAGACAUUGUCUACGUUAUAUCGACGGAUCCGAAAGACUUCGGCAGGGAUAGCAGUCCGCACAGGCAGAGGGUCAAGUCCAGGAUGAAUUACGUUAAGCAGGUUGUGCAGAAGCAUCAGGUGAUCACCGAUCUGCACAACAUACAGUAUGGGCUGCAGGCGAAAGAGAAGGAGGAAGGUUACAAGUCGCUGGUGGACAGACAAUCGUUGCACAGAAUAUACGAGUAUCUGGUUGCGGAUGGAUCUAUCAAAGCGCUGAAGAUUAUAGCGCGUUGCAAAGGAAUCGUGAGGUGCAGGACAACUCUCUGCUGGAGCACGGUGAAUGUCGAUGAGCAUCUGGCGCUCAACUUGGAUGCGUUCAAGAUCAGCGUCUUCCUCUACUCCAGACGUAAGAAUAUUCAGAGGAACACUCAGGCUAAGGAUAUGUUCAAGCUCUGCAGGACCAUCGGUAUAGUCUACGGAUAUAGUCCGAAGGUCAUCAAGAUGAAGCUCCUGCACGAGUUGCUCUUCUACGUGACUCGCGAUUACAACGGUGCAAAGUUGGAGGAUGUCGAGAAGGAAAGCCUGCUAACGACCCACGGACACCACGAAAUCGACGAACUGUUGAAUGAUUGCAGCAGCAUGUACCAACAGCAGAUCAAUUGGAAGACCUUCGUCGGUCCGCUUCCAACAUACAAAGAUUACCCGAAAGGUUGGGUCCUCAUCUCAGAUCUCAUCUUCAGGAUGCCCAUAUCGACGUUCGUCCGAAUUGUUAAAGUCGGCUACAUCAUACCCGACUUGGAAAAGAAAUUUCUCAAUCAUCCCAUCAGGAAGAAUUACCUUAUCAAGGAACUGCCGUCGGAUAUCAAAGAUGCUCUCAUGAAAAACCGAAGAUACGUGUACGUCAUCUUCGACAUUCUCAAUCUUCUCUGUUUCAUGGGACUCCUCCAGUUUGGCACGCAGAAAUUCAAAGAGAAGGACCAAGUGUUCGUCUACGUCAAUCAGAAUGCCAUCCUUUACGACACGACGAGCAGCGAUCCCGGUUACCACCACGUCAGCAAAAAGGAGUAUCCGAUGAACAGGUAUCAUUUCCGUUGUAUGGAUGAUAUUACCAAAUACUGGAACGACAUGAACGUUAUAAGCAUGUCUUCUAAACUGGGAAUGAAGACUUUGGCCAACGAAAGCUCGCUUCAUUUGGAGAAUAUUAACUUUAAACCCAUACUGAUGGAGCACCUGAAACCGCAGACGGUGAAGAGCGCCGCCGAAAGAGACGUCGGCUAUUUACCGGGAGACGGUUUGGGCGCGUGCUGCGUGGAUUCCUGCUUCUGGCUCCACAUGAAACGCAACUGGACUUACGUGAUUCGCUCGGAACCGCAGCCCGAGAAGAAACCGCGCGUCGGCGAAGUCCGCAAAAGAUACAUGGACAACAUCAAGCCGGUGAAGUUCGGGGAUUUCAUUAAGGAACGGAAGAAGGUGCAGCAGAGUCCGGAGAUGCUCUCUACGGAAGCGGCGAAGAAACUUAAACUGAAGAAGAAAAUAAAACUGAGAAUGAAGAUGCGCAAAGCUGCGGCUGCUGCGAAACUCAAGAGGAAGAUGGGUAUCAAGAGGAACGGUACGGAUAGCGUAGACAAGAUGAUCCUGCAGAAGACCGGAUUGUCGCGUUCCAGGUACAGCGAAGAGGAGGAUACCCUUCUGAAGAUUUGCUGGGAUGCCAUCAAUUAUCUGUGUCCGUCGUUGAGGAAACGCAACGUGAACAAUACGACGAUACGUGAUUUCAUGCAUCGAAUCCUGCCGUACAGCAGGAAGACCUCGGCGGCGUACAGAAGACGCAUCCUCGUGAUAAAAGCGAACGAAACCAACAAGAAGAUGAAUUUUAUCGAUCUGCACUCGGAUCCAUUCACGCAGAAGCACUUCUUCAGGGUGCGCGAAAAGUUGGACGCUCGUCAGGUGACAGAGAGCGAAAUGAAUUUGACGUUCCUGCAUUUAGCGUAUUGCACAUACAAGAACUGGAUGUGCAUGGAAAAGGUCGCGCCAGGUUUCGUUAAUGUUAAAGAUUUCCUGCAGUCGGACUACUUCGACAAAUUUAACGAGAAGAAUCCAGCGAUUUACAAGGAUCCUGCAUGUACCGAUGACGUGAUUCUGGACACGCUGAAAGCGGUCAUUCAUAGCGCGCUGAGCGUGACGAAUCCACCGUCAGAUUGGCCCCUGGAACUUCUGCAAAUCUAUCAAACGUUCUCGGACGCCACUCUUCGCAGAGCUCUGAUGGAGCUGCGAAAUCAGCAGCUGGUCUCGUGCACCAAAGGACGGAUCGUAGAUACAUCGAGGAACACUGCCGUGAUCUGCGGAAACAUCUACCAUUUAUCGUUCGGUUAUCUUUUCAAGCAGAUCACCAAGUACCCUGACAGCAUCUUCGCGGAUGUUCACGAGCUGAUGAUGAGUUAUUACAACGAAGGGGAGUCGAUGAGGACCGAAGCGAAAUCGGUGAAGGAUUACGAGCACGGGCACGGUUUGGCCCUCAUCGAAUUGGCGACCGUCAAGACUUUCACCUUCAACUUUGACUUGUCCGAAGAGAUAAUCACUUUGGACCCGACCAUCAAGGAUCACCAGAAGCUCGUGCAGUGGUUCGCGCAGAGGUACAAGAUGAUGCUGGAAAAGGAUCCGAACGACGUUCCGGAGAACAACGAUGCCCUGCAGAAGAAGCUGGAGGACUUUCUGAAGAUGAGCAAAGGCGAGAUCGAGAACAAAGAUGAGGAUAACAUCAUCAUGGUGGACAGAAGACUCAAGAUCUCGGAGUUGACCUUCCUGAUGACGCGCGGUCUUUUCCCCGAACUCGACGACGACGAUGAACUGGACAAGCUGAACAAGCACUACGUCACCAAGUACCCAGACUGCUCGUACACGGUGGACGAGCCAGUCUCCCACGACGAUAUCUAUAAAACAUGUUACGUGGAUAUCGUGGAAAAUUCCAGCAAGUUUCUGGAGGAAAUUCGCAAGCAGUACUUGACGAAAACGUUCCCGGCAUCGAUCGAAGAAGUUUACAGGACUUUGGAACCGUUCGGAAUAAACGAGUCUUCUACGGAUUCCCUUAUAAACUUUAUAAAAAGCAAGAAGGGUCUCGGCGCCACCUCGAAGGAACUCAAAGCGGAAUUUGAAGAGUUCGACUUGGAGUCAGCGCUGAAAUCUCUGAGACGUCUUGGUGUAAUCCUGCGCGUCGGCAUCCAGAACUUCCACUUCGUGCACUACGUCCACGCGAACUCCUGGAGCAUUGUGCAGAGUAAACCCAACGGCCGCAACUUCGAUCAGCGCGUUGCGAUUUGCCCGUGGAUAAAGAUCGACGGCAACUACAACGUGUCCGUCCUCUGCAACUGGUUGGGUAUCGUCAUCACACACUGCAUGAGUUAUCCUUACCAGAACUUCAGGAAGAUCUGCUCGAAGUUCUGCUACAUUAAACCAGUCGACAUUUACCAACUAAUCGAGAUCCUGAAACACUUCAAUUGCCUCGAGAUCAAGGUGUAUUACAGCAACCCCAAAUGCUCGCUGUUCUCCGACUUUGAUUUCAUCGAAGAAGGAAUUGCUAAUAUGAUGGACGACUUCGACGACAUCUUCAUUGUGACCGAUCAUCUGGCCGCCAUGAAAUUCGGCACAUUCCUCAGCAACUUGCCGAAGGACGACGAUGCAACAACAUCAAGUUAAGCUAAUUUCGUUAUCAAUUUUUCUUUAUUAUUAUUAUCGAUUUUCAAUUAAUUUCAAGUUAUAAAAACCGUUUUUCAUUGUUAUUUUAAUAUCCUCCUGAAAAAUCUUCCAAAUUUGUCAUUUUCAAAGUGAUCAAGAGUAAUGCUGUCACUUUCUCGUUUGUUUAUCUUGCGUUUCGCUUUUGGCUCCGGACGCCUAAUGGACGCGUGUCGUAUUUGUGUGAAAAUGUGCAAUUAAGUGCAAUUAUUUAAAUUAUGAGCCUAAGUGCAAUUGCUAAUUUUCCGAGAAGCGCGUUCCAUAAUGCCAUGCGUUCCCGGUACGUUUUCCUUGUCAUUAUUGUUAUUAUUAUUUGCUCGUUGCUCUCGAGAAACUUCAAAAAGAAAA